AUGGGAAUGCGGGUUGUUGCACCUGACAUGAUGGGAUACGGUGGGACGGAUGCACCGCAGGUUCCACCCAACUCCAUCAAGCUCUACGGACUUAAGAGAGCAUCAGAUGACAUUGCUGCGUUGGCUAAAGAGGUCAACGCACCGCAGAUCAUUUUAGGUGGUCAUGAUUGGGGAGGUUUCGUCGUUUGGCGAGCUGCUCAGUGGUAUCCCAAUCUUGUCUCACACGUCUUCUCGGUCUGCACACCCUACACCGCCCCUUCCGAGAAGUACUUCUCCACCGAGGAUCUCGUCAAAGGGCCUUUACCUCAGUUCGCUUACCAACUACACCUCGCUUCAGGUGAAGUGGAAAAGAUUGUCAAAGAUGAGCAGUCGAUCAGGCAAUUUCUGAAGGGUAUGUAUGGAGCGAAGGGGCUAAAAGGCGAGAUUGCCUUCGACCCCGAGAAGGGCGUGCUGUCGGAAAAUCUACCCUUGAUCGGGGAAAGCAAGAUUUUGAAUGGAAAGUACCUAGACUACUACGUCAAGCAGUAUCUCAACCACGGCAUCCACCCCACACUGAACUGGUACCGCCAACGCCGCACAAACUGGGAAGAAGACCAAGCCCUCCUGUCUCGCAAACAAAUCACUCAACCUGUCCUCUUCAUCCAAGCCACGCGCGACGGCGUCCUCAAACCGGAAAUGUCAAAGAAUAUGGAAAACUUUAUUCCUAAGCUGACGAGAGGAGAGGUGAAGGCGGCUCAUUGGGCGUUGACACAGAUGCCAGAGGAGGUCAAUGCGAUUAUCAACCAAUGGCUUGAGGAGCAGGGGUUGGUGGGGAAGAAGAGGCGGGAGAGUAGUUUGUAG